CGGAGCUGACAGCCUUAAAAUCAUCUUCCUCAUCAGAACUGGGUGUUUGUGACAUACUAAUUGAUCAAAUCAUUCGUAAUGGCAGCUGCAGCGGAUAUUGCACAACUGGUGCUCGCUGUUAUAAAAGGAAUUCCUACCGGAGCUACCAAUGACGACCUCACCAAAGCGUUAACUGAUAUUCCCGCAGCCACACGAGUCGAAGGUUUAAAUAUAUUAUUACAACAGGGAGGCAUAGAGAUCCUUAAAAAGGGCGAAAAACUUAUUUAUCGCGCCAAAGAUCCGGAAAAGGUCAGUGCACUUCCCAAAGAUGCAGACAACGAAGAGAAAGUCGUCUACGGUAUUGUGGAAGAGGGCGGCAACAAGGGCAUCUGGAUUCGUGACAUACGAAUGAAGUCGAAUUUGAAUAUGACCCAACUAAACAAGAUACUUAAAAAUUUAGAAACAAAAAAGCUUAUCAAAGCUGUAAAAUCUGUAAAUGCCAGCAAAAAGAAAGUCUACAUGCUUUAUAACCUGGAGCCUGAUCGCACAGUCACUGGCGGUGCUUGGUAUCAGGAUCAAGACUUUGAAGUAGAAUUUGUUGAUGUGCUUAAUCAGCAAUGCUUGCGUUUUUUGCAAAUGAAACGGGAAAACGCCGAAAAAAAACGGGAGGGACCUCUGGUUCUCAGGGAAAUGUCGUGCUGUACAGUGAAUGAAGUGCACAAAUUUAUCUCAGAUCUGGGCGUUAGCAAAGUAAAUCUCGACGAGGACGACUUAGAGACCAUACUCAAAACCGUUGUCUAUGAUGGCAAUGCUGAACGUGUAAUGAAGUCGGAUGGAUCGUAUGUAUAUCGUGCAGUUAACUCUCCCUUGCCACCGACUGGACUAAUUCAAAUGCCCUGUGGCAUAUGUCCUGUAAUCAAAAAUUGUUCAGACUGUGGUGAUGUUACCGCAAUUAAUUGUCAAUAUAUGAAAGAUUGGCUGGAUUAAAGAUUUUGAACUGAA